AUGGCACCCUCAAAGGAUCAGCUCAUGGAGACCGCCGCCCAGGCCCAGCUCGACAUGAACACCUACCAGUCCAAGACGGGUGCCGCCCGGCCUCAGGGCAACGACGAUGCCGGCGUCUCAUCGGUGCAGACUGAGACCCGCUUCCCGGGCGCCUCGGUCUCGGUGCAGGGAGACCCGACCAACAACGUGUCGUACAAGCCCGAGCAGCCGGCCAAGGACCCGGCCUACGACGACGAUGACGUGGUCCCGGCCAAGAAGAUCUCGUCGCUCGGCACGCAGGACCGUAAGGACGACGUGCUGCUGCAGGGCGAGGGUGCCGUCCGGAACAACGUCGGCACCCGGCCGCCCGGCGUUGGCGGCAACAAGUUUCCCGGCUCCGACUACUACACCCCGGAGAGCGUGCCGGACAGCAUCUCGGCCGAGGGUAACAUUGCGCCCGAGAGCGUGACGCAGGCCUCCGCCGAGGCCGAGAACCCUCGGUAA